CUGUUCACUGAAGCAAGACCAAGGCCCUGUCCUCAGCAUGUCUUCCCAUCCACAGGCUAAACACAACACAAAUAGAUGCCCCUGUCACUCUUGAGGUCUUAGCAACCUCAUGAAGGGCAGCCAGGUCCCCACUGGUGGAGGAAACCAAGGCCUGGAGAAGAGGACCUGUUAUCUGUGUGUAAUGUGUCCCUGCAUAGGGCUAAACAUCACACCUGGUUGUCCAGGUCUGACAACCACAUCCCAGGUCCUAUGACAUUUGGGGGUAGGGCUUGGCAGAAGCCACAGCCUUCCAUCACACUCUGACUUCCUUCUGCCUGUGAGGACAUGUUUGUCUGGCCCAUGACGAUGAUGUUCAUCACUCGUUGGAAGCAUGUGUACAGCCAGAGCCUGCUUCCCAGUCUGUAAACAUGGGGCGUGUGUCCUGGUGGUUGCAAGCUCACGAGGGGGCGGCAAGCAAGCCGGCUGCACAGGUCCUGCGGCCUCAGGCCUCCUGGUUGCCCAACUGGCUGCUGGGGGCGGGCUGUGUCCUCUGAUUAAAGGCUGCCUGGAGCAGCCUCUACAGAGACAGGUGCCCAGCAGCCUAGGAAGCCAGCCGAAGCCUGCCCCAGCUUUAGGCCUCACUGUUCCUGUGAGAACAUCAACAUGUCUGAGCCACCUCGGCCUGAGACCUUUGUCUUCCUGGACCUGGAAGCCACUGGGCUUCCAAACAUGGAUCCGGAGAUUGCGGAGAUAUCCCUUUUUGCUGUCCAUCGUUCUUCCCUGGAGAACCCAGAGCGGGACGAUUCUGGUACCCUGGCGCUGCCCCGUAUUCUGGACAAGCUCACACUGUGCAUGUGCCCGGAACGCCCCUUUACUGCCAAGGCUAGUGAGAUUACUGGUUUGAGCAGCGAAGGUCUGAUGCGCUGCCGGAAGGCUGGUUUCAAUGGUGCUGUGGUGAGGACGCUGCAGGGCUUCCUGAGCCGCCAGGCGGGCCCCAUCUGCCUUGUGGCCCACAAUGGCUUUGAUUACGACUUCCCACUGUUGUGCACAGAGCUACAACGUCUGGGUGCCCACCUGCCCCGAGACACUGUCUGCCUGGACACACUGCCUGCAUUGCGGGGCCUGGACCGUGCUCACAGCCAUGGCACGAGGGCUCAAGGCCGCAAGAGCUACAGCCUGGCCAGUCUCUUCCACUGCUACUUCCACGCUGAGCCCAGUGCUGCCCAUUCAGCAGAGGGUGAUGUGCACACGCUGCUUCUCAUCUUCCUGCACCGUGCUGCUGAGCUGCUCGCCUGGGCAGAUGAGCAGGCCCGCAGCUGGGAUGACAUUGAGCCGAUGUACAUGCCACCGGAUGCUCCAAGCCUUGAGGCCUGAAUGCAAGCAGCAUGCAUUCAGCCAGCUCUGAGCUGUUCUUGCUCUCUGCAGCACCUCACUGGCCUUCCUCAGCCCUGGCCACAGGAUGCCAGAGCCUCCCCUGUGCUCUACCUCCAGGUGGGCACCUGGCCAGCCUGUGAGCUCCUGCAAGUUGCUCCUUCCAUCUUUCCUCCCAUUUCUCAAUAAAUACCACCAACUCUUUACCAGCUGACUUACUGGCCAGACUUCUCUC